AUGUCAAUUCGUACGAUCAAUAAUGCUCGAGCAGCUCUACCUCGACCAGCGAGGUUGAUGUCCCGGCCCAACCUGGUAACUUGUAAACGAACAUCAUCAAUACCGAGGUAUAUACACAGUCAACAGUGUUUCCAUACUAGUACAAGGUGUAGACGGGAUGUACAUAUCUCACCACCUAAUACAAUGUCUGCUCAUGCUGUAGAAGCAAAAGCUUCUUUCAGCGACCCAAUAACGAGAUACGAACAUUUGGUGCAAGAUAAAGUACUGAGAGAAGAUCCUAGUCAGAAGGAAAUCAUAGAUUAUCUACAAAGAUUGUGGACAGAUUUAGAACAUUAUGAUCCUGGACCUAUACCUGCUGAACCCGAACCUAGUUCAGGUGGAUUUUUUAGUAAAUUGUUCAAAUCAAGCUCCUCAUCUUCUUCUUCGCAUCCACCUUUACUUCCAUUAGAUAGAGUACCGAAAGGAUUGUAUCUGUAUGGAUCAGUAGGAACUGGUAAAACGAUGUUAAUGGACUUGUUUCAUUCUACUUUACCACCCCAGUUCAGAUCUGCAAGUAAAGGUGGAUACGGUUCAACAAGAAUACAUUUUCAUUCCUUCAUGCUAGAUGUCUUGCAGCGACAACAUGAAGUUUCAGCUAGAUACCAAGAACAAGGUUUGGGAAAGAAAGAUGUGACUCCUGAAGUAGCAAGGAGUCUAGCUGAGGAAGGAAGGGUUUUGUGCUUUGAUGAGUUUCAGGUGACAGAUAUAGUAACGGCAAUGAUCCUUCGACAACUUCUGGAAAGACUGAUGUCAUACGGUGUGGUUUGCGUGAUGACUUCAAAUCGACAUCCGGAUGAACUAUAUAUGAACGGGAUACAGAGGCAAUCGUUCAUACCUGCUAUAGAAUUGAUUAAAGAGAGAUUUGAAGUGGUUGAUUUGAAUUCUGGCACAGAUUAUCGUAAAAUACCAAGGGCAUUAUCAAAAGUUUACUAUUCACCUUUAUCACCAGCGGUCAAAUCUGAAAUGAGUAAAUUGUUCGAAUCAUUAGCAUCAACAGAUCCAACUUCUUCGACAAUAACGUACAACAAACAAAUCCCAUUAUGGGGUAGAAAUUUGACUGUACCUGAAUCAUCAGGUUCCAUAGCCAAGUUUAAAUUUGAAGAUCUAUGUAACAAACCUCUUUCAGCUGCGGAUUAUUUAGAAGUUACAGGUAGAUUCGGUACUGUUUUCGUAGAAGAUACACCUAAAUUAGGGUUGAGUGAAAGGGAUCAAGCUAGACGGUUUAUUACUUUUAUUGAUGCAUGCUACGAAAACCGAACAAAGAUAUUCAUAUCUUCAGAAGUACCUAUAUUCCAGGUAUUCUCGGAUAAACAUGGUUCGGCGGCUGAAGAUGAUCAGAUGGCCAGCGUAAUGGAACAUAUCGGCCUCGACUCAAAGGAUAUACGAGGAUCAUCACUGUUCUCAGGUGAAGAAGAAUUAUUCGCUUUCGCAAGAUGUGUAAGUAGAUUGAGUCAAAUGGGUACAAAGGAAUGGAGUGAAAAUACUUGGCAAGAACAACAAUUGUAG